UACAAAUUGUAUCAUGGCAUUACUAAUGGCUGUCAAUGACCAUCAAUAUUGCCACAUUAACUACAUGCUGCCAUCGUUACUGCACAUGAAUAUUAGAACAAUAUCGAUUUUCCUACGCAUAUUAAUAACGAAUCGAACUCAAUCAAAUCGGCUACCAAAAGACAGUCGCCAAACCGCUGCAUCGUUAACCAUUUGUUUAUCUUCCCACCAGAAAUAGGACCAUGUCCUUGGCUGUGAUAACCUUUCAUUCCCUUAUUCGCAUUCUUCGAUUGCUCGGACUAUUUCCCUAUUGCUUCAACCAUUCCGAGCGGCGUUUCUAUCGGUCAGACAUCGCCAUUGUCUACUCCAUGCUGUACAUCGCAGUAUACGCCUUUGUUUUCGGUCGAUACUUCCUAGAAACGUUCUUUUUUGAAACAUCCACCGGUCAACAGAACAACCAGCUUCUGUUGGGGGCCUCCUUUUGUUGCGCCUACACCGCUGUGAUCGUCACCUGUUUGACAGGGCUUCUUCGGAGGAGUAGCAUUUGCCAACUACUCAAUCACUACGUCCGUCUAUGGUAUCGACUUCGGGGCGAUGUUCGGGAAUGCUUCGAUGGCAAGUUACUGUCGCGCUUCCUUUUCAAAGCGAUCUUCAUCGAUGGUGUCGUCCUCGCUGGAGUUGUUGUCAUGAAAAUGCCUCAGUUCUUCCAAGCCGGUGCCCUCGCAUCGAUAGGAGAUGCGUUGUAUGAAGUGUUUGAUUUCGGUAUAAGUGCCGCAUUGACCAAUUUGUUUGUAGCGGCCGGAUACUUGGGGGCACAUGUCUAUCGGUUGAUAAACCGAAGAAUCAGUAGAAUAAACUGGCAAUUGAAACAGUUCGAGCGGAAUCGUCACUAUUGGAGUGUAAAUCCCAAAAAGCAGUGCAAUCUUCACGACGAAAUGAUCGCAGAACUUCGCCAGCUAGCUUGUUGGCAUGGAGAACUUUCACGCAUAGUGCAUGGCUACUGUCAGAUGUACGACAUCUCGCUGUUGUUGAUAAUCAUCAAAGAUUUUAUGAUUAUCAUAACGGGAUUAUUUGGAAUGUACCGGGCGCUGAUGGCGCAGUUCAAUGGGAAUACAAACGUGUCUCUUGAUUCGUACGGAUUUUUGGUGUCGUUGUCAGUGUUCUCACUUUGUCAGUUUUACUAUCUGGUGGAAAGUUUUACGCAGUUCACGGAAAGAUUGCUUUACUUGUGGGCGGUGUUGAGUACGUAUUUUUCGUUUCAGAUUGAGGUGUUCAGCUUGGAAUUACUUCAUCGAGACAAUAGAAUUCAGAACUGCGGCAUGUUUACUAUUGAUUUCUCGUUGUUGUAUGUAGCCUUGGCAACCAUGACGAGCUAUCUCAUUGUGGUGAUUCAGUUACGAAUGACAACAUGA